AUGCCCGGGGGCAACCUCCUCAUGGAGCAGGAGGCCGAGCUCGACUGCUGCGUGGCCUGCGGCGACCACGGCUGCGGCAUCUGCCGGGCGCGGAGGAAGCUUCAAGCGGAUGGCAACUGGGUGAAGCGCCCGCCAGGCUGGACCUGCACUGCCUGCGGCGGCCACGGCGGCUCCGGCCGCGGCUGCGGCCUAUGCCGGCAGGUCGGCAGCCAGGAGGUGGACCUGACUGAGACUUACGAGGCCGUGACACGGCAGCAACGGCUGUGGGAGCUGGACAUGGAGCGGGCGCAGCGUGAGGCGAUGCAGAUAUCGGUGGAGGCCGAGGCGAAGGCCGAGGCGGAGAGGCGUGCUCGUGAGGAGGCCGUCGGCGCAUUCCUGCGGGAGCACGGCUUCUCCGAGGUGAACGCGGGGGUCCUGGUCGUCACGGCGGGGUGCUGCGGGCGCAGGCAGAGGCGCCUAACGUAUCCCCUCCACGUAGCAGCUGCGGCUGCUGAUGGCGAGAUGGUGACCUUUCUCCUUCAGGAAGGGGCAGACCUGCACGCCACGGAUGCCGCCGGAAGGACGCCCCUCGAGGUUGCCAGGCAGAGAGACCUGGGCGGCUCCCACGCGGUGGCCGUCCAGUGCCUGGAGGACGCCCUGUGCCCCCCGGCAGAGGAGGCGCCCUCAAGGUCGCCGCGGCCCGAGGCGGAGCAGGAACGCCCUGCGACGCCGAGAAGCCUCGGAGCGCCUGGUAGCCCCGCGCCCCUGGUCGCGCAGGGGCAGCGGGAGGCGCACAGGAGUCCGAAGGCGACCGUGCAGCGCGUGCCCUCGAAGAGAACCACGAUCAGCCUCUAG